GAUGGCGAUGGCGGCAGGGCUGGGGCUGCGCGGGGUCCGCGCCUCCGGGGCGGCGGUGUCAGUGGCGGUACGCACCCGUGGCGACGGGCUCUGGAGCCGCCUGACCACGGCACCGACCGUGACGCGCCGGUUUGCGGCCCACUUCGCUUUCCAGCCGGACCCGGCACCCAGCGCGUACGGGCAAACUCAGAAGAUGAAUCUUUUCCAGUCUAUAACAAGUGCCUUGGACAAUGCUUUAGCCAAAGAUCCAACUGCAGUAAUAUUUGGUGAAGAUGUGGCCUUUGGUGGUGUCUUCAGGUGUACAGUUGGCUUGCGAGACAAAUAUGGUAAAGAUAGAGUUUUCAACACCCCUUUGUGUGAACAAGGAAUUGUUGGCUUUGGUAUUGGAGUUGCUGUUGCAGGCUCUACAGCCAUUGCAGAAAUUCAGUUUGCAGAUUACAUUUUUCCAGCAUUUGAUCAGAUUGUAAAUGAAGCAGCAAAAUAUCGCUACCGCUCUGGAGAUCUCUUUAAUUGUGGAAGCCUCACGAUCAGAGCCCCCUGGGGCUGUGUGGGUCACGGUGCAUUGUAUCACUCUCAAAGUCCAGAGGCUUUUUUUGCUCACUGUCCUGGAAUAAAGGUUGUUAUUCCAAGGAGUCCUCUUCAGGCCAAAGGACUGCUGCUUUCAUGCAUAGAGGACAAAAAUCCAUGCAUAUUCUUUGAACCUAAAAUACUUUACAGAGCUGCAGUGGAACAGGUUCCCGUGGAGCCCUACAACAUUCCACUGUCACAAGCUGAGGUGCUGCAGACAGGCAGUGAUGUGACACUGGUUGCCUGGGGCACUCAGGUACAUGUGAUCAAAGAGGUGGCAGCUCUGGCUCAAGAGAAGCUAGGUGUGUCCUGUGAAGUUAUUGAUCUGAGGACCAUCUUACCCUGGGAUACAGAGACUGUUUGCAAGUCAGUGGUGAAAACUGGGAGGUUGCUGAUUAGCCACGAGGCUCCCUUGACAGGAGGAUUUGCUUCUGAAAUAAGUUCCACAGUUCAGGAGGAAUGCUUUUUGAAUUUAGAAGCUCCUAUUUCAAGAGUAUGUGGCUAUGACACACCUUUCCCUCACAUCUUUGAGCCUUUCUACAUCCCAGACAAAUGGAAAUGCUAUGAUGCUCUUCGAAAAAUGAUUAACUACUGAGCAGUAAGUAGUACAGAGAUGAGAAGAAUAACAUGGAAAUACAGAAGCUGCCUUCAAAACUCUUGACACUUUACGCAGAUCUUUGGGGUUUGGAAAUCACAUAGCAGACUGUUUUCUCUGAACUCCACAGUUCUUAACACUCAUCUUGGCUAUUCUUCAGAAAGUACAAAUCUUCUUUAAUUAUGAAAUACGAAAUCAGCAGGUGAUUGCUAUAAUAAGUAGUUUUCAGGUGUAUUUAAAGAUAUUCCAGAUGUCAUAUUAAUUGCCAUGCUUCACUAGGUUACAUCUGUAAACUUCACUCUGUAAAUAUUAAAAGCAGGAUUUUAUUCAAUAAAAUAUAUAUUAUGCACA